GUAGUCGUUUAUUUUUUGGGUCAUAACUGCUGCAGUUUGUGUUCUAUCUUCUUCAUUUUCUCUUCUGAUUCUUUCUCUUCCUAUUUUUUCUUUGUAUUUUUGUUGGGUUUUGAUAGUUUUCUUCAAAUUCAAAUGGGUAGUAGUGGAACGGUGAGAAAUCCGAUUAUGGUUUGUGUUCCCUUAAUGGGUAAUUCCGUAGAGGAAAUGAUGUCUCAGAUGGGUCAGGCGAAAUCGCAAGGUGCAGACCUGGUCGAGAUCAGGCUAGACUACAUUCAAAACUUCCAGCCUCUCCAUGACCUUGAAAUUCUCCUUAGAGACAAACCGUUGCCGGUGAUCAUUGUCUAUAGGCCAAAAUGGGAAGGUGGUCAGUAUGAGGGUGAUGAACAAAGGAGACUGGAUGCACUUAAGUUAGCCAUGGAAUUGGGUGCUGAUUAUAUUGAUGUGGAACUCAAGGGUGCAUCUGAUCUAAUGGUGAAUUCAAAUUUAAACAAGCAUUCUAUUGGUAAAAUAAUUGUAUCAUGUCACGUGGGUGACUGCACUCCUUCAAAAGAAGAUCUCAGCAAUCUUGUUGCAAAAAUGCACUCUACUGGAGCAGAUGUCAUCAAACUUGUCACGCAUGCAAGUAAUAUUACAGAUCUAGCAACGAUUUUUCAUUUGCUUUCGCAUUGCAAGAUUCCUUUAAUUGCAUACUCUACCGGUGAUCGAGGCCUUAUAAGCCAUCUACUUUGUCCAAAGUUCGGGGGCUUUUUAGUUUAUGGAUCCAUGAGAAACAAUUCAAUACCUGGCUUACCCACUUUGGACAGCCUCAGACAAGCUUAUAAACUUGAGUAUUUAAAUGCAAAUACAAAAGUGUUUGGGCUUGUCUCAAAUCCAGUAGGGCACAGCAAAGGUCCAAUUCUACAUAAUCCUGCCUUCAGACAUACAGGUUACAAUGGGAUUUAUGUCCCAAUGCUUGUUGAUGACCUGAAGGAAUUCUUUAGGAUAUAUUCAUCUCCAGAUUUUGCAGGUUUCAGUGUAGGAAUUCCAUACAAGGAAGCUGUUACUGGGUGCUGUGAUGAAGUCCACCCUCUUGCUGAGUCUGUAGGAGCUGUAAAUACUAUUAUAAGGAAUCCUAGUUCUGGGAAGCUGGUUGGUUACAAUACAGACUGUGAGGCUGCAAUAACAGCAAUUGAGGAUGCAUUAGGAGCAAGAAGGGGCACUAAUGAUGCAUCUUUCACUUCUCCGCUUGCUGGGAAACAGUUUGUGCUUGCUGGUGCGGGAGGUGCUGGAAGAGCACUGGCAUUUGGUGCCAAAAGUAGGGGAGCACGGAUUAUCAUUUUCGACAUAGAUUAUGAGAGAGCAAGUUCUCUUGCCCACUCAGUUUCAGGAGAAGCGCAGCCUUACGAGGAUAUAGUUAAAUUUUGUCCAGAGAAAGGAGGAAUCCUUGCAAAUGCCACACCUAUAGGAAUGCACCCAAAUACAGAUCGGAUUCCUGUGGCAGAGGAUACUCUCGGAGUUUAUCAGCUUGUCUUUGAUUCAGUUUACAACCCUCGUAAAACCCGAUUGUUGAAAGAAGCAGAAGCUGCUGGAGCUGUAGUUGUGAGUGGAGUUGAGAUGUUCCUUCGGCAGGCUGUAGACCAGUUCAAUCUCUUCACUGAUGCAGAAGCACCGGAGGAGUUCAUGCGUGAGAUCAUUUUGGAAAAAUUCUGACUCCUGGUGCCAACACAACUUAGUGUGAUUUUUUUUUUUUUUUUUGGGAAGAAAACUGAAAU